CCCGCCGCCGCCUCGCUGCCGCCGCGGCCCGCCAUGGAGGCCGCCGAGGCCGAGGCCGAGGUGCGGCUCCUCUUGCAGGAGGCUCGGGAGAGCAUCGAGGCGGCGCGGAGCUACCGGCGGGAGCUGCAGCAGCGGCUGCGGGGGCUGCACCAGGCGCGGGAGCAGAUCAAAGACAGUGCAACACUGACCAGAGAUGUGCUUGAGCAGCAUUUUAGCGAUUUGAAAGGGACCCUGAAGAAGCUGCUGGACGAGCGACUGACGUCCCUGCUGCAGGAAGUGGAUGUCAUAGAGCAGGAGAGCAUCAAGCCCCUGGAUGAGUGCCAGAAGCUGAUAGAGCACGGAGUCAGCACGGCCGAUGAUCUGCUCCGGGAAGGAGAGAGUGCAGUUGAUGGAGAUGUGGGACAACAGAAUGAGAAACUUUGCAACUUUACAAAAAAAGCUUUACAUAUUCAGCUAGAUAGCUUACCAGAAGUGCCCUCCUUGGUUGAUGUGCCUUGUUUAUCUGCCCAGCUGGAUGACUGCCUCCUUACUAUAUUGAAAAAUCAAAUAUUCAGACAUGGAACUGUGGCAUCCCGCCCACCUGUACAGCUGGAGGAGUUUGUGGAAAAGCCUGGAGGUAUUUUAGUCAGAUGGUGUAAGGUGGACGAGGACUUCACGGCCCAGGACUACCGGCUGCAGUGCCGCAAGAGCCCCGCCAGCCCCUUUGAGGACGUGUACGUGGGCUCGGAGCCGGAGUUCAUGGUGCUGCACCUGGACCCGCACGUGGAUUACCAGUUCCGCGUGUGCGCGCGCGGGGACGGGCGGCAGGAGUGGAGCCCCUGGAGCGUGCCCCAGAUCGGCCGCACCUCGCUGGUGCCCCACGAAUGGACAACUGGUCUGGAGGGUUACAGCUUGAGCAGCCGAAGAAACAUAGCACUGCGGAACGAUUCUCAGUCGUGCGGUGUGCUCUACUCCAAAGCUCCCACUUAUUUCUGUGGGCAGACAUUAACAUUCAGGAUUGAGACCGUGGGGCAGCCAGACCGCCGGGACAGCCUGGGAGUGUGCGUGGAGCAGCGCAACGGCGACGACUCCCUGCAGCGGGACAAGGCCGUGUGCAUCAGCACCAACGGGGCAGUAUUUGUAAAUGGAAAAGAGAUGACAAACCAGUUGCCUGCUGUUACUUCUGGCUCGACUGUGACAUUUGACAUGGAAGUUGUGCAGUUGGGACCCUGCAGCAACGAGGGAGGAAACUUCAAGCUUCGAGUAACCAUCAGCUCUAACAACAGAGAAGUGGUCUUUGACUGGGUACUUGAUCAGUGCUGUGGCUCUUUGUAUUUUGGAUGUUCAUUUUCAUACCCAGGCUGGAAGGUUUUGGUCUUUUAGCAGUGAGUAAAGGGAUUUUUUGUUCUUGCUGUAAAGUGUAAUGUUAAAAGCUGACUUUCCAGCUGUUUGACAACAAUCUGGUAACAAACCCCUGUCUUUAUAGUACUUGAACUCCACUAUAUUGUACUUCGUACUGGAUUCAUUUAAACAAUAAUUGUGAAACAUUGGAUUUGUUACUCCGGACAAAGCUAGAAACAAGCAUUUGUGUAGGCAAAUUAAUUUAAGCAGUCCAUCAGACCUUUCCUUUUUUAACUCUAGACUUGAUUUUUGUCAGUAUUUCAUUGUACUCCUCUCAGGGUACGCAUGUUGUGUAGAAUUAACUUUGCUUAAAGCUGCUGCUCUGUGAAGUAAGUGUUUGAGGGGUGGUAAUGGACCAAAGCUGUAUUUCUACCACUCAGAGCACAGUAUUUAGAGCAGCGAGGUCCUGCUGUGCUUCCUUGUGCACGAUGCUGCCUUAGGAGUCUGCGUGGGCAGCGGGGCUGCCCAGCCAGCGCUCCCCCGCGCACGGUACCGCUCAUCCCCUGCAGCAGGGAGCUCUGAGCCAGCCUGGGGCUCAGAGGGAGCCAGCCUGUUACUGUCUCACUUAAGUGCCUUAUUUUCGUACUUCUUGAGCUGUUUUCUGUGUUGACACUUGGAAUAUGGAGCCUCUCUGAACAUCUUGCUGGUUACAAUUCACACACAGCCUGUGUCAGAGCAAGUCUCAGUGAUGUGGUACCUGAGCUCACCCUGUGGAUUGGCAGCUGUGAUUCCUCAGAGACAACCUGCUCUUACUGUCUGCCAACACAAGUGCUGUUGUGAUGUGCAGGAUUCCUGGCCAUCCCAAAUUCUGCCUGGGGACACUGGGCAGGUGCAUGGCUCGAUGCAGACAGACUGCAGCUGCUGCUGGAGCUCCACCUGGAGUAAGGGAGAUGGGCUUUGGGUGGGCUUCAGGCAGGCCCUGCCUUCACAGAUUUAACCUGGGGCAGUGAGAAUUGAAAAGAUUGUGGCAAUUAAGCUGUCUCCUCCAUAGAGUAGGAUGGGAUAAAUAAUAGUGUGAAUUAAAUGACUUGGAAUUUAGAACUUACGUAAAGUUACACAUUUUUCCUCUAAGGAGCAACUAAGCUGGAUAGGCUCAGUCUCAAAAGAGAGCCCAUUCCUGGUCAAAAGAUUGCAGUGCUACUGGAUUUAAGGAAUAUUUAAAAGUAACAUUCACUGAUGGGCUUCUUACCUCAAGUUCAAUUCAAAUUAAAUAUAUUUUAUCAUGCUAGAGUAGCACUAUUUUUAUAAAGCCUAGACAAUCAUACUGCCUUUCCUUCAGUGGCAAUGUGCUACGUUAGCCCUCUAUGCUACCAUAAUAAGCUUAAAGCAUAAAGGCUUAUUUUACAAUUAAUUAACAUUGUCCAUACUCACACUGUCAGUACAAAAAGAUCAGCCAUCCUGCCUGAAUUUUUCCCCAAGCAGCUGUAGCAGGGGUACAAGAAUUUCAGACAAGGAGAGAAUGGCUGUUGGUAUUUAUACAUUUACAGGAGAAAAAAAAGUGUGCAUUUAGAUGAGUGCAGACAAGCUGCACACGGCAGUUAGGGUGGAAUUGGCUGGAAGACAUGAAGUGAGGAAGGCUGAGCUGCUGCAGGUCAGAUAUCCACUGUGGGCAACAAAGGGCCUGCAGUACUCUGAGCUUUUCAAGCUUCACCAGUGCAGUGUUAGGGAAAAGAGAAUACUGGCAUAUCCUGUGCUUUCAAUGUAACUUCAGUUCUCCUGUGAAGAGUGUUUUCAGUCCUUUUACAUAAAGGUUCAGUAGAUGAAAGUGUCAGUCCUGCUUAGAGGCUUGGGCAGGCACUCCAGACAGCAGCUGACUUAAAUCUUGCUCCAUGUAGUAGUGCUGGCAGUUCUACUUACACACUUCAGGUAUCAGGUACUAGUUGUAACUUAGUACUUCUACCAUAUGGAAAGUAAAAUUGUGAAUAUCCACACUUCUGAGGUACCAGUGGGUCAGGUACCUUUUCAUCUGCUUUUGGAGGGGCUGGUCAGACUAUAGAUUCUUCAGGAUAUUUACUUACAUAUUAGAAAAUAAAGCUUAAACCUUGAAUUCAGGUACUUCCAGAGGUGGUAAUGCUGUGUCAGGUUGUUCAGAAUACACAUAAAAGCAGCUGAAGAUGACUGUGAAGGGCCAUGAGAGGCCCCUACUGCUGCCCUGGAGAGGGCAAGAGAAGCUUUUGUGCCUUCAGGCUUUAGCUGUGUGUUGAACAAGGGCAGUUUGCCAAUGGUUCUUUUGGUGUUAGUGUGGUGGUUUUGUUUUUUAUUUGAACUUGGCACAAGCCUCGCUGUCCAAAUUGCCAAUGAGGUACUUUGAGCCACCUCCUGGAGCUGCACCUUGUGAACAGAGGAGGAGUGAAGAGUCUCAGGGCAAGAGACCCGAGCACUAAAGGAACAAAGGAUGCAAAGAAGCGGAAGAGGCUUGAACUAAAAGGUGUAAAUUCCGUUCUUCCGCAGCAGAGGUCAGCUGGAUGGAAAACUUGACACUUCCUUUACAAUUUGCACCUCUAGCUCUUGGAGCCCUGCAAGCAACAGAGUGUUAAUGGCUUAUGAAACCCAGUCCUGAAAGUUGUUUUCCUAAGCUAGUACAUUAACUUACCUCAACUAAGACUUGUGUCAAGAGAAAUUUGAAUUUUUUUAAAUAAAAGUUUUAUCCCUC